AGCAUCGGUUUCAUCAACACAGAAAUGAUCCACCAAACAUCAUUUAUUUCAAGAGAUUAACUCUUAUUUUGAAAACGCCUUCCGGAAAUGUCCGUCUGCUAGAUUUCAUGACGUCAAGUCAAUAAACACAUAAAUCUGAGUGACGUCAGCGGACUGAAGGCUCUCUCAGAAGGAUAAAAGCAUGAGGCGCAGCCUGCGGACCUUCUCUCCUCCUCCUCCUCCUCCUCCUGGUGGACCUUCUCCCAGCUGAUCUCCAGAACCAGAAUCACUGAGCUCUCUCCUUGGCCUCAGCAGGACUCACGGCGCCAGGAGCGGAGAAGGAAGGGAGCCGCUCCACAUCAUGUUGGGAAGCAGGAAAAAAUCCAGCACGCAGGGGAAGACCAGAUCCGGGACGUCCGGGUCCAAGACCAUCGAUCCCCUGAGGAACCUAGGAGUUCAGGAUGAUGAGGAUGUGAAGCAGAUGCUGCAUGGCUCCAGUAUGGUGAAGGUGCGCUCGCCUCGCUGGCAGAAGCAGCGAACUCUGAAGCUGCUGGAGGACGGCAUCACUGUCUGGUGUCAGUCCCACAAAACGUCCAGCCGGGCCAAGGAGCAGCAGUCCUUCAGCAUCAUGGAGGUGGAAUGUGUUCGUGAAGGCUGCCAGUCGGACACUCUGCGGCGGAUGGCUGGCUCGGUGCCUGAGACCCGGUGCUUAACGGUGGUCUUCAAAGGGUCCCGUAAGAGCCUGGAUCUCCUCUGUCAGAGCGAGGAGGAGGCCAAGCACUGGGCCCGAGGCAUCCGGACGCUGCAGGAGAGGGUGGAGAACAUGACCCACAAAGAGAAACUUGACCAUUGGAUUCAUGCUUACCUGAGUCGGGCCGACCAGAACAAAGAUGAUAAGAUGAGCUACGAUGAAGUUCAGACGCUGCUGCAGAUGAUCAACAUCGACCUGAGUGACCAGUACGCUCGCAGCCUCUUCCAGAAAUGUGAUCGGUCAGCUGACGGCCGCCUGGACCACGAAGAGAUUGAGGUCUUCUGCAGGGAGUUGUUACGCAGACCUGAACUGGACGCCAUCUUCAUCCGCUACUCUGCGAAUGGUUGCGUGCUGUCCACCGUGGACCUGAGAGACUUCCUGAAGGACCAGGGGGAGGACCUUUCACUCACACAUGCCCAGAGCCUCAUCCUCACCUAUGAGCUGAAUGAGUGGGCCCAGAGAAACCAGCUCAUGACCCCCAAUGGUUUCACCAUGUACAUGUUGUCAAAGGAGAAUUGUGUGUUUAACCCGGAACAUGCUCGAGUUUACCAAGACAUGACACACCCACUGGCGCACUACUUCAUCUCCUCCUCCCACAACACCUACCUCACCAAGGACCAGCUGACGGGGGACAGCAGCACAGAGCCAUACAUACGAGCUCUGAGUCAUGGUUGUCGCUGCGUAGAGUUGGACUGCUGGGAUGGAGACAAAGGAGAACCGGUCAUUUAUCACGGACAUACACUCACCUCCAAAGUGCCCUUCGUUGAAGUCAUUGAGACAAUCAGCGAGUAUGCCUUUAAGGCGUCUCCCUACCCUCUGAUCCUGUCCCUGGAGAACCACUGCUCCGUGGAGCAGCAGACGGUCAUGGCCCGACACCUGCGCUCCAUCCUGGGGAACAAACUGCUCCUCAAACCCCUGGAGGGUCUGGAUUCCCGCUGGCUGCCUUCUCCAGAGGAUCUAAAGGGAAAAAUAUUGGUGAAGGCAAAGAAGAUGAUGGUGGAGGAACCUUCAUCCAGUUCUUCAGACCUCAGCUCCUCAGACGAGGAGGCCAGCCAGGCUGAGGGGAAACCCAAAAGAAGUAAAGAAGAGAAGCCAGGUGUGUCCAAGCUGAGUCCAGAGCUGUCGGAUCUGGUGGUCUACACUCGCAGUGCUCCCUUUAAAGGCUUUGAACAAGCUGCCAGAAGCCCAGCCAGCGACAUGUCUUCUUUCUCCGAGAGUGAAGCCCUCAGACAUGUUAGAGACUCAGGGAUGUAUUUUGUGCGACACAACAGUCACCAGCUCAGCAGGAUCUACCCCUCAGGCCAGCGCCUCCAGUCCUCCAACUACAACCCUCAGGACAUGUGGAACGGAGGCUGUCAGAUUGUUGCUCUGAACUUCCAGACAUCUGGCGAGCAGAUGGACCUGAACCAGGGUCGCUUCCUGCAGAACGGUCUGAGUGGAUAUGUCCUGAAGCCGUCCUUCAUGUGCCGACCUGACAUCACCUUCAAUCCAGAGAACGUUGGAGGAGGUCCUGGCCACAAACCCGUUCUGCUCACCGUUCGGGUUAUUUCAGCUCAGCAGCUUCCCAAACCAGAAUGGGACAAGCCCAGCUCCAUCGUGGACCCCCACGUAUGGGUGGAGAUACACGGAGUCCCCAUUGACAACAAUAAGAAGAAAACUCAUCGUGUAGACAACAAUGGCUUCAACCCUCGAUGGGACUGCACCUUUAACUUCACCGUCCAUGUCCCUGACCUGGCUCUGGUCCGCUUCAUGGUGGAGGAUCAUGACUACACCUCUAGCAAUGACUUCCUGGGACAGUACACCCUGCCUUUCACCAGUCUGCGUACAGGUUAUCGUCACGUUCGGCUGCUCAAACUGGAUGGUUCAAGCCUUUCCCCCGCCUCCCUCUUCAUCCACGUUAAGGUCACCCCUGGUCAGAGCAGUCCCUCCAAAGCAUCGGCCUCAUCACCUGCUCGGUCCCCUGCAAAAGCUUCAACCAAAAAACCGUAACCUCAUCUCCCCUGGUGUAGCGCUUUAAUCAAUCCAAGCAUGAGAUCCGGGCCCUAAAGUCUGAAACACAGCUCAGAUAUUCUCAGGAGCCUUGUGUUUGAUCAAACCGAGCAGAAACUUCAAUAAGUGAGGGUGACAUGAAGCGUUUGACA